AUGGAUGUAUGUGAAUCAGAGCAAGCAUUACGGAAACACAGAACUGGGGAGAGUGCAAGACACCCUUUGGCCCCAGCUGAAAAGAACAAUGCAAUCACCACAAGGCGGUCCGGAACUAGGGAAGUUAGUUCAAGGUAUAAGUCACCUACUCCGUCAUCUCCAUCUGGUCCCCGUCGGUGCCCAUCUCCAUCUGGUCCCCGUCGGUGUCCAUCUCCAAAUAGCUUCACGAGAACAACUGCACCAUCUAAACUAUUACCCAAGAGAGCUCAAUCAGCUGAGAGAAAUCGGCCUGCAACUCCUCCUUCUCCAACAAGUCCUUCUACGCCCGUCCACAACGAUGUGCAUUUAUCCAAAAGGGUAGCUAAUAGCCGUUUGCCAGAGACUCUAUGGCCUUCCACAAUGCGAAGUUUGAGUGUUUCUUUUCAGUCAGAUACCAUUUCGAUACCUGUGAGCAAGAAAGAGAGGCCUCUUACUAGUGCUUCUGAUCGUACUCUACGGCCGACUUCAAACGUGGCACACAAGCAGGUUGAAACAAAAAAUACACGUAAGCCUACGCCGGAGAGAAAGAGGAGUCCUCUUAAAGGGAAGAAUGCCUCUGAUCAAUCUGAGAACUCAAAACCAGUUGAUGGUUCGCAUUCUCGGUUGAUAGAUCAGCAUCGGUGGCCAGGUAGAAUGGGUGGGAAGGUAUCUUCUAGUCCCUUAAAUAGAAGUCUUGAUCAUUCAGAUAAGAUAACCAGAAUGUUGAACAGUUCUGUUCCAGGAACGGGUGUGUCUUCACUUAGAAGAUUUUCAUUACCAGGUGAUGCAAGUAAGCCCCUGCAGAAAACUUCUACUGAUGUUGCAAGGCUAUUGUCACUUGUUGAAAAUGGUAGAAUAGGAAGCCAGGUGAAAUCUUUUGAUGACAGCUUCCAUGUAUUAAGAACUCAUAAAUCUGUUCCUGCCACUCCAUCAGAUAAAACAGGAUUACCAUUUACUGGAGCCAGAUCUCAAGCCUUGUUAUCUCCAAGGUCAUCACGUCCCUCCUCACCUAGUAGGACCAUGACAGUAUCUCCUUCUAUUUCCAGAGGCGUCAGUCCAUCUCGGUCAAGGCCAUCUACUCCUCCCAGAGGGGUUAGUCCAAGUCGAAUAAGGGCAACUAGUUCGUCCAACCAAUCCAACGAUUCAAUUUCAGUUCUUAGCUUUAUUGCCGAUUUUAAAAAAGGGAAAAAAGGUGCAGCCUACAUUGAAGAUGCUCACCAAUUAAGACUUCUCUAUAACAGAUACUUGCAAUGGAGAUUUGCCAAUGCGAGAGCGGAGGAUGCAUUUUAUGUCCAAAAUGCAAUUGUCGAGAAAACUUUGUAUAAUGUAUGGAGCACUACUAUGUCUAUGUGGGAGUCAAUUACUAGGAAGAGGAUCCAUCUCCAGCAGCUGCAGCUUGAGCUGAAGCUGAAUUCUAUUAUGAAUGAUCAAAUGACCUACCUUGAUGAUUGGGCCAAUCUUGAAAGCAGUCAUGUUGAUGCUCUAUCUGGGGCUGUAGAAGACUUGGAGGCAAACACUCUUCGUCUUCCACUGACUGGAGGGGCAAAGGCAGAUAUUGAGCACUUGAAGGUUGCUAUCUGUUCAGCUGUUGAUGUCAUGCAAGCUAUGGGAUCUGCAAUCCGUCCUUUGCUUUCACGGGUGGAAGGCAUGAAUAACUUGAUUUCUGAAGUUGCUAUCGUAACAGCACAGGAGAAAGCCAUGCUUGAUGAAUGUGAAGCGCUACUGGCUUUUUCAGCGUCUAUGCAGGUUGAGGAAUAUAGCCUUCGAACGCAUCAGAUGCAAAUCAAGCAAGCGUUGGAGGUAAAAAAGUAA